UGUAAAGCCGUCCUGAUGGAAGGAAAGGGGCCAUUCCGGAUCUACGACCCGGGUGGGAGUGGAGGCAGUGGCCUCUACAGGCAGCUGGUGGAAGAGAACAGCUUACUGAGAGAGAUGAAGGGACUAAAGAGCUUGGGCCACCUCCUGGAGGAGUCGCAGCAGGAGGCUUCGAAACUGCGUCAGAGGGUGGAGGAGCUGGUGAGGGACAACGAAACCCUGAGGUCCUCCACCUCCUCCUCCGCCUCCAGCCUGUGCGUGGCUCCGCCCAUUCAGGUGGACGUCCAGGCCCAGGAGAACGCGCCCGGACCCUCCGGCGUAGACUCCGCCCAGCCGCCCACCUGCUCCUCAGGGCGCUCGGUCCAGCCAGAGUCCACCGAAGGCUCGUCGGAAUUUGAAGUGGUGAAUAUGGAUGAAAAGGGGGUGUCCGGAGACGAAAAAUCGGCCGAGGUUCUGCAGAUGCCCAGGGAAACGCUGGGCCUGGCCAGCCAGCUGCAGAGGCUGGAGAGCUCCUUCAGCCUCUUCUCCGAGGAGUCCAACCCCAACCAGCUGCUGGCUCACCUGGGCCGCAUGGCCGUGGAGUUCAACCGCCUUUCCUCCAAAGUGCAGAAGAACGAGCAGCGGACCUCCCUCCUGCAGACUCUGUGUGAGCAGCUACGCCAGGAGAACAGCGAGCUCCGUAAGAAGAUGGAGGAGGACCUGCAGCACAGAAACCAAGACCUGGAGCUGCUGAGGCAGGAGAACCUGAAGCUGAGGAAGCUGGUCACCGGCAGCGAUGAGCCCACGGGAAGCCAGGCGCAGGAGGCGGUCAAGGAAGACGUGGUGAAACUGGAGCCCCUAGGAGCCAAGAUGGAGGCGGCCAUGACUCAGCAGAGCAGCAAAGCGGCGGAGAAAGCGGCGGCGAAGCCCUGCGACCCGGAAACGCAGGAGAAGAAGAGCAAGCCGUGCGACCCGGAAGCGUACGAGAAGAAGAUCAAACUCCUGGAGAAGCAGAGGAAAGAUGUGCUGGAAGUGAACAAGCAGUGGGACAUACAGUGGAAUUCCAUGAAACAGCAGUUUGAACAGAAGAUCACAGACCUCAGGCAGCGGCUGGCGGACUCCCAGAAGGCCGUGGGGGAGCUGGAGGCGGAGCGGGAGCAGAGACAGCGCGAUUACGACAAAAAGCUUCUGCUGGCAAAGUCCAAGAUCGAGAACCUGCAGGCAGAGAAGGAGGUUUUAGGUACAGAGACUGGGGAGCUGAGGCAGAAGGUUCGCUACCUGCAGGACCAGCUGCUGCCUCUGAGUAAACAGCGUGAAUAUCAAGAGAAAGAGAUCCAGCGCCUCAACCGCGCCCUGGAAGAGGCCCUGAACUUGCACUCCCCAUCAACGGCUCAGCAGCCUCAGUUUGGUAACCAUGGGGAUGGGUCGGGAGGUGCCCGACGUCAGGAGCUUCUGACCCAGAUCGCUGUGCUGAAGGAGCAAGUAAAGAUCUUCGAGGAGGAUUUCCAGAAGGAGAGGAGCGACAGGGAGAGGAUGAACGAGGAGAAGGAAGAUCUGAGGAGACAGGUGGACAGGCUGCAGGGACAGAUGACCAAUCUGACCAAUCAGCUGCAUCAGACGCAGAGUGAGUGUCAGAGAGAGCGUGCAGAGAGGUGUAAGCUGGAGAGACUGCACAUGCACCUCAAACAGGGGCAGCAUGAGCGACGUACCUCAGAGCCCACGUCCAGCUCUGCCAACGGUCCCCUGAGCCCCCCCUACUGUGGGCCCUUCGCGCCCCCUGGCCCCCCCGCCCCGCCCCAGGGCUUUGAGGCCUGGCCCGGCCACUUCCCCCAGAGGAUGCCCAACAUCGGCCCCACCCACGGGCGAGACUUCCAGCCCCUUCAGCCAGGGUUCCCCUGGCAGACUUCGUUCCCUCAGCCCCGAGGCGCAAGAGCCCCCCCAGAGGCCCCACGACCGCCCCCAGAGAACACAGACGCCCCUCCCGCAGGGUUUGGGAAGCGGGAGAGACAGAACAUGGACCCUGGGAAGCACUAAGAGCUGCAGCCAUGCGCUCUGGUGCCAGAAGCAUGGAGCUGCGUAGGGGCACUUAUUGUUGGGUUGGCAUAGUGAGUGAAUUCAUCCUGAAAUUUCCUACUGUAUAGAUAUUGUAACGUAACAUUGUUUAUGCUAACCUUUUAUAAACCUCUGUGAAAUACCGUUUUUGCUGAUUUAAACAAAAAAAUAUUAUUGUAAUACAGAUCAUUUAUAGUUGAUCUCGUUGUUAGUUAUUCUGUAUCAAAUCCUGUAUUUAAAGGAUUCGAGAUUUUGUUUUUGUUUUUUUUCUCCCUGGAAGAAAUGGGCACGCUUCGUUAGAAGUGGGCAGAGACUCCUGUGUAAUCGCACAUCUUCAUCCUGUGGUGUGGGCGCAGCAGACCUGGGUCAAAUACGUAUUUGUUUUGGAUUCAAAUACUUUUCUGUGCUCUAUUGAUCUUGCCUGGUGUAAUUGAGCCAGCCAAUAUGACCAGAAGGUGGGAUUUGCACUACAGCAGACAAGAUCAGUAAAGCAUAGAAAAUAUUUGAAUCCAAAACAAAUAUGUAUUUGAGCCAGGUCUGGGGCACAGUGCAACUGCAUGUAAAGAUUGCGUGACUGCUAUUUGAAUGCUCUUUGUUCUGCAUCUGGUGUAACUGCAUAAAUAGUAGCAGGAAGAGUUAUAUAUAUAUUGGAUUGCAGUUUUGCUAGGAUUGAGUAGUGAAUGCAAAGUUAAUCACUAACUCAUGGAUUAAUUUUGUUUGGCAAGCAACAGUGAGUCCACACAGAACACAGCAGUUACAUUGAAUGAUCAUGGGGAUAAAAUCAUCUAUUUAAUAUAAUCUGUUCCUGAUUUACAUUUUGGAAAUAUUCAUAUUGUAUCAUUGAUAUUGUGAUGUGUUCAGUACCAUAGUUAUUCCAAAUAAGAAAAGGUUUUGGUGCUAAUAUGUGUAAUUACCCAAACCACGAAGACCGAUUAAAUGACAUUUUAUGUGUUAAUGGGUUAAUAAAAUUAAUUGAUUACACCUACCAAAAAACACAGGCUUAACAAAAACAUAAUGUGUACAAGCAUUGUGUUAACAUUGUCUGAAUGUUUUUUUUUUUUUUUUUGUAUGUUACUGUCAUUGUCUCCCUCAAUGUGUUCAAUAUAAAAUAUUACAGAAUGAUUCUACCCUGUUCUUGAAUAAAUUCAUGAUAAAUGUUCUGGAAAGUGAAAAUUCUGGAGGUUUUGUGGAGUAGAGCCCUCGAGUAGUCGUCGUCAGGGUGACAGAAUACAUGUCUGGCUUCUCGGCAGCAUGAACAUUCUUUUUAUUUACCAAUGGUCAUGAGCAAGUGUUUCUUGUAAUUUACCAGUAGUCGGAGGCACACUCUGUGUCCGGCUCCUUUUUUUGUACUCUACUUGCAUAAUAAUAAAUAUAUUGGGAAUGUCA